GCGCAUGCGCGGGUGCGCAGUGGAAGCCAUGUUGGAGCUACGUUGGAUUCGGGCUGGGAUUUUUGACGCCGUAUGCUUUUCUUAAAAAUAUCAGUUUUCAAACUUCGUCGGGGUUCGUCAACCGUACGCGAUUGGAAACAAUGAAUUCCAGUGUCGACCUGUCCCGGCGGAAUCCGCAGGAGGAUUUCGAGCUGAUCCAGAGGAUAGGAAGCGGCACGUACGGAGAUGUGUACAAGGCUCGGAAUGUAAACACAGGAGAGCUGGCUGCUAUCAAAGUCAUCAAACUGGAACCGGGUGAGGACUUUGCUGUCGUCCAGCAGGAGAUCUUGAUGAUGAAGGACUGUAAGCACUCGAACAUUGUUGCCUAUUUUGGCAGUUAUCUCCGGAGAGAUAAGUUAUGGAUCAGCAUGGAGUACUGUGGAGGAGGUUCUCUGCAGGAUAUUUAUCAUGUAACUGGGCCGUUGUCAGAGUCUCAGAUAGCCUACAUGUCACGGGAGACCCUGCAGGGUUUGUAUUACCUACACAGCAAAGGCAAAAUGCACAGAGACAUCAAGGGAGCCAAUAUCCUUCUGACAGACAACGGCUAUAUUAAAUUAGCUGACUUUGGUGUAUCAGCCCAGAUCACAGCAACUCUUGCCAAAAGGAAGUCAUUCAUUGGAACACCUUACUGGAUGGCUCCGGAGGUGGCAGCAGUUGAGAGGAAAGGAGGCUACAAUCAGCUGUGUGAUAUCUGGGCAGUGGGCAUUACUGCAAUAGAGCUAGCAGAACUACAGCCACCCAUGUUUGACCUGCACCCGAUGAGGGCUCUGUUCUUAAUGACCAAGAGUAACUUUCAGCCUCCGAAGUUGAAAGAUAAAAUCAAAUGGACAAAUAAUUUCCACCAUUUUGUCAAACUAGCUCUAACCAAGAACCCAAAGAAGAGGCCUACGGCUGAGAAACUGCUGCAGCAUCCGUUCGUGUCUCAGCCUCUCAGCAGGACGCUCGCCAUCGAGCUGCUGGACAAAGCCAGCAACCCCGACCACAGCACAUUCAACGACUUAGAUGAUGACGAACCUGAACCCGAGUUUAAGUACAGAGGCCAUUUCCUCCCCAUAAGCCCCGGUGCUCGACGUGCACCCCGUUUUGCAGCUCGUAGGAAGUCUCCGGUCUCUGUUCCUCAUCGUAUCCGUUCCACCAGCAGGAGCACCAGAGAAGGAAAGACCCUGUCUGAGAUUAACUUUGGACAGGUGAAGUUUGAUCCCAUUUUGCGAAAGGAGACAGAACCUCAUCAUGAGCCGUGUGAUUCUGAGCCCUAUCUGGACUGUGUUGAGGAACUCUACUAUACCGCGAGAUCUAAUCUGGAUUUGCAGUUGGAGUAUGGCCACAAUUCAUCAAAUCUGCUGGGAGAAAACAAGAGCCUUCUUAAAUCUGUCGAGGAGGAGCUUCAGCAGAGGGGCCAUGUGGCACACUUAGGGGAUGAUGAGGAUGAGGAUGAUGAUGAUGGUGCAGAUGAUGAUGAAACACACACUCAUAAAUCCAGCACUAUAAAGAGGCCAAAGGACCCACCUCCACUCCCGCCUAAGCCGAAGUCCAUCUCUUCGUCCAAACAGCAACCACCACCUAAACAAGAAGACGCUCAGUCCCACCACGAGGACGACAGCGGGGGAGGCACCAUCAAACGCUGCCCGGUCCCGGGGACGCCAAGUCCCGCCAAGCCCGCCACCAACGUCCCCCCAAGGCCUCCGCCCCCGAAGCUGCCGCCCCACCGCCGCAGCAGCCUAGGUAACGACAGCCCGAAGCACAAAGAUGCGGAAAACUCCGCUCCAGAGGAUGAUGAUGGGAGCUUUAGACAUUUCUGGGAGUGGCUCCACACGCCUCACACAGAGAAGGAGCUGGAGGAGGCGUGGGAGGUGCUGAAGGAGGUGAAAGAGGAGCAGGAACAGGAUGAGAGUAAUGGGCUCAACUCUCCCCACAAUGGUGAGGGGGAAAGUCCAGGAGAGAGACAGUCCACCAUGCCCCCUAGUGUCCCCACGCGGAAAGAGAAGAAGGACGUUCCGAAACCUAUCAGUAAUGGUCUCCCACCAACACCCAAAGUCCAUAUGGGUGCGUGUUUCUCCAAGGUUUUCAAUGGCUGUCCACUGAAGAUCCACUGUGCCACUUCAUGGAUCAACCCUGACACCAGAGAUCAGUAUUUAAUAUUUGGAGCUGAAGAAGGAAUCUAUACAUUAAACCUUAAUGAGCUUCAUGAAACAACAAUGGAACAGCUUUUCCCUCGGAGGUGUACAUGGCUUUACGUCAUGAACAACUGUCUUCUUUCUAUAUCUGGAAAAGCCUCUCAGCUAUACUCCCACAGUUUGAGCGGUCUUUUUGAACAGGCCAGACAGUUACAGAAGUUACCAGUAGCCAUUCCCACACACAAGCUGCCUGAUAAGAUCAUUCCAAGGAAGUUUUCUGUGUCCAAUAAGAUUCCAGACACUAAAGGGUGCCAAAAGUGCUGCGUUGUCCGUAACCCGUACACAGGCCAUAAAUACCUGUGUGGAGCCUUCCAGUCUAGUGUCAUGCUGUUGGAGUGGGUGGAGUCCAUGCAAAAGUUUAUGCUCAUUAAGUCCAUCGAUUUCCCAUUGCCAUGUCCGUUGGAGGUCUUUGAGAUGUUGGUGGUCCCGGAGCACACCUACCCUCUAAUCUGCGUAGCAGUCAGCAAAGGAACCGAGCUCAACCAAGUGGUCCGAUUCUGCACCGUCAACCCCAACGCUACCUCCUCCUGGUUCACAGAGUCAGACACACCACAGACGUGUGUGAUCCACGUCACUCAGCUGGAAAGAGACACCAUCUUAGUCUGCCUCGACAGAUGUAUAAAGAUAGUGAACCUCCAGGGACGACUGAAAUCCAGCAGGAAGUUAUCGGCCGAGCUCACCUUCAACUUUCAGAUUGAAUCUAUAGUUUGUCUCCAGGACAGUGUGCUGGCCUUCUGGAGGCACGGCAUGCAGGGGCGGAGUUUUAAAACCAAUGAGAUCACUCAAGAAAUCUCUGACAACACGCGCAACUUCAGACUACUGGGAUCAGACAGGGUGGUGGUGCUGGAGAGCCGGCCGAUAGACAACCCUACGGCCCACAGCAACCUCUACAUCCUGGCGGGACACGAGAACAGCUACUGAACCCCCCACACACGUGCACGUUACCACCGAAACACCCCAUGGCCAUUGCGGACGAGGAAGUACCGAGCUGGUGGGCGCGUUUCCUCCCAGCCCUGCGCAUUUCCCUCGGCCCGGCUUUCACCUCCUCCACCGAACCUGACGGCUUCCUCGCUGGGAAACGAGUGUUCGGAUCCGGAUUUGGAUCCACGAUUUGCAUCUCUUUUAAACCCCACCUGGGUGUGAGCCGGUAAGGUGUGUCCUGGCAGGACUGUGGAGAUUUAGAUCGGUUUGUGACAAAGCCUAGGUCUAAGUUGAAACAGUAGGUUGUGAAGAUUUCAGUGUCUUCUCCGAGACACAGAUUCUCCCCGAAAACCAUCCUCUGCUGAUCGAACUUGGGGUUAAAAACAACAACAACAUCCAGCACGCCGAUCCAGUCAACACUAUACUAAUUCUACACUUAGUACUACUGCUACUUGUGCUGAAGCCUCACAGAAGGGCCUCUCGUCUCCUGUCUUUUUUUCCUUUAACCUUCCCUUUAUUUAUUGUGGCAUGAUGUAACUUUAAUAACCGGGAUGGCUGUUAAGAUUUGUUGUUGUUUAUUUCUCUAAAAAGAACAAAAAAAGAAAAAAAAGGACUAACAAUUGUUGCCACUUUCUUUACCGUCAAGUUCUAGUACCCAUCACUACACCACACAAGUGCUUAAUCGACCUCUAUUUAAUUUUUGUAAAUAGAACUGUUUUUUUUGUUUUUAAAUAGAGACAAACACUAAGAGGCUGGUUGUGUAGAUACGUGUGGGAAUAUUUACUCUGUAAAGCCGUGGAGACAAAUAGAGAACAAGCGGGCGUGGACGAGUCCUCUCAGAACGAUCCCGGUCAGCUUCAUCCUGCAUGGACCGCCAUCUUUCACAUCCGGCUCGUUUUGCAGCACAGCAACCGUCAACAGACCGGUGGAGUUCUUUCUUUUUUUUAAUCCUCCUCUUCUGUUUAUUUUGUGUCCUUUUAAAAUCAAAACUGUGUCCUUUAGUGCUUUUCUUUUAUUUGUAUUGAACCACUGGUGUUUAAAAGUUUGCACAGAGAGAAAUGUAUUUCAUAAACAAAUGUGAUGUCAUUGUAAUGUAUGAGCUUGAGUGUGUGUGCGGAGUCUGACUGUAGGUGUGUGUGUGUGUGUGUUUGUGUGUGUGAGCAUGUAGACGUGGAGUGCACACAUGCAAGUGUACAGAUCUGGUCUUUACCUGGCUGAGGCUACUUUAAAGGACCAACAACGGAUACGGAAAGCAAGAACGCUAGCUAGAUUUACACAGAAAUAAUCAAGAUUAUUAGUUUGCCUAUAGCUGUAUAUCCAAACGGUAAUUUUAAGUAAACAAAAUAGAGACGAGAAGUUUUGUUUCAUCAAACGAAAAGCUGUUUUAUGAUUAUUUUUGCUAAGAAAGAAUAAAAAAUAUGCUAUAAAUUGCUUUAAAGUACUGCAAUAGCAGACUUCUGUUCGACUCGUUACACAAUGUUUUUUUUACUUAUUUUUCGCACAUCUUAUUUUCUUGUUGACCGUUUUUUAUCUAGUUUAGAAGCUGACUUAGAAGAAAAGAGACACCCCCCACAAAACAAAAAAAUGUCUAACUGUAGCUUUUGUGAUGCAUUAUUUCUGUGUAAGUCCCAGUGCUCGAUAUGACUUGUUUAGGUAGCAACUGGAGAAGUUUGCAACUUCAGCCUGCUUUGCUGCGACUGUUUUUUUAAAGACUGAAACCUGUUAAUAGAGCUCAAACUAUCUGCAUGUACAGUAUAUCAACACCAGGAGGGUCUGUGCGGCGUUACACUACCCGUCUUCACAAGCUGCGGCUCUACAAGUUGCUUCUGAGGACUUUAAUGUUCGUUUAGCUUAGACACCCUCAACACUGAAAAACAAAUCCUCCAGACUGGAAAUGUUUGUUUGUUUUUAACUGUCUCAGUUUCUAAACGUGUAUGCUGUCAUCUCGUUCGUACACGUUUAAACCGAAGAACAGGACGCGGAUCAGAUGAAUAUUUACACAUUUCCUGCUGGUCGACAAGCUUCUAGGAACUUUAGCGCCACCUGUUGAUGUGUUGGUCAGCUUCAUUUUUAAUUGCAGCAUCAUUCCCUCAUAGCUGAUAAAAUCAGUGGUUACAGCUUUCAGAACGAGGGUUUUAAACUGACAUUACCUGUACUGGAGCUGUCAGUGUUAAAAAUACACAAUUAACACCCUGGAAGCAUUUUUUUUCUUUUUUAUGUUAAUGUUGGGGGAUAAAAACUGAAUUGAGCAAGUCUGCCCCCACAACGUCCUCUGCACAGUUUCUAGUUUUUUUUAUUUCUUAAAAGGACUCUGUUCUCUCCCACCACUGAGUUUAAGAAAACAGUCUAGUCAGAUGCACAGUUAGAGCACCAAAUGCCCCAUUUAUUCUCCUUCAACCCUCUUUUAUUAACAUUAAUUUAGCUUUUUGACCUGAAAAUACAAAAGAGAGAUGACCCCACCCAUAAAAACAUAAUUUUAUACAGUUUAUUUUAAGUUAAAAUGUUUUCAAAUGUUCAUAAUUUUUAUGUUUAAAAAAAACAGCUUUGAUUUUUCUUUUUUUUUUUUAAUUCUAAAACAUUUUAUGGUCAUAUUUAGAUGGUCUACCUCGAGGUUUAUCUCAGAUAUGAGGGGAAAUGUUCCCUAAAAACACAUUCAGUUAAAAUGCAGUAUGUUCUCUAAACUAGAUGUUUCUGUUCUUUUCAGUUAGAAAGUUACUCAAAUAGAUCAUGACACUACAAAACUCUGUGAGAUAUUUCCUCCUGAACUGAUUUCUAUAUUCUCUGUAAAUCAAAAAAUAUUCUCGCAGUUCGUUUCAUUUCGUGGGUCAUUUUUGUUUCUCGGAUGAAGAAAAUCUAUUUAAGUUGUCACAGAUUUCACGUUCUUUUUUAAAUUUUUUAAAAAAUAAUUUAAUUCCGUUUAUUUCCAAAAUUCUGUCAUCUUAUCCUUUUAAAAGCAGGAAGCAGGUACCGACAUGUCACAGCUUUUUCAAAUCACAUUUCUCCGUGAAAUCACCGUAACUUGGGUCAAAUAUUGCAUAGAAUAAGUCACUUUUUGGAUGUUUCAGAUAUGUUUCCUGUAUGAAUGAUCAUCUUAUUCACAUAAAGAACAUUGUUUUGGGAUUUCUUGUUGGAAGUGUCACCUGUUUUGUCCUUUCUGCAGAUCAGUGUUAAUUUAAUUGUUUAUUUUUCCCAGAAGCUGUUUGAGCCAAGUCUCCUCCUGAUCUUGAGCAAAACGCAGCAGAGGUUGUCUGUUCUGUCACCAUUACAUCCACUCUUUUUUUAUUAUUGUUCUGUUUUCAUGAUGCAAUUCUAAAAUGUAAAUAGUGUAAAAUAAAAUGGGUUUGUUUUACAUACUGUAUAAUUGCCUAUAUUUUGUUUCAGAAGUGUAACAGAUUUAUGAGAUGACAGGUUAACACAUUAAAAGGAUGAAACUGAA